GCACAUAUUAAGGGCUUUAUUAACCAGUUCAAUCUCUUCACAAGUGCACGCAAUUUUGAGCCUUCAGAAUCGAGUAAUGACGAGUAUAUUCGUCAACCACACACUAAGUCGCUCUGGUAUGAAAUUGAGUCAAACAGGUUUACUAUAGUUUUGCACAUAUUAAGGGCUUUAUUAACCAGUUCAAUCUCUUCACAAGUGCACGCAAUUUUGAGCCUUCAGAAUCGAGUAAUGACGAGUAUAUUCGUCAACCACACACUAAGUCGCUCUGGUAUGAAAUUGAGUCAAACAGAAAACGAAGUGUGAUUGUGUUGACUGAUAUAUCAGCAAUGGUGCUCAUGUAUGUUACCCUGCUGAGGCGGUAUGAAGGCGUGCAGCGCGUCGCGCGCUUCCAAUUGGCUAUCGGACUGCCCAAAUUUAUUUUCCGUUCUAAUUUUUACACUAUGCUUUCUAACUUUUUGCGAUGAAACAAAUCAGGAAGCAAUCCUUACUGAAGAAGGAGCAGACAUCUACUUAGAACUUUCCGAAUUGGAUAUGGAAGAUGCUUGUGCUGCAAGAUCUUUAGAUCGUGCUGCGCAACUUGCAGGCAUCGAGACAAAUGGAAAUAAGCAACGACAGGUAGAUGAAGAUCUUGACAUGUACAAUAUUUUAUACUGGACUGCAAGUGAAUUAGCUGGCCAUAGUUCAUAUGAGUACGGGCCAGAAUUGCAGCGCAAGUUAGAGUUGCUGCUGAAACGUGGUGACUACAUGAUGGAUAAAGCAUCUUGGGAUAAUUUUACCAAUUUUGUAGAAAAAACGGAAAACCAAUUGUUACACGAUGCUGUACCUUGUGAUUAUAUCGGUAGCGGGGUCUGUACAUAUGAUGAUAUCAAUCUUAUUCUGGCCAAUAACGAGAAUUUAACACAGGCUCAAGAAUCUUUCGAUUUAUGGAAUGAAAAUGAAAGUGGUUAUGACUGGGAUGGGUUGUUUGAAAAUAUGAAUUUGGUCACGAAAGCAUCUGAAAAGAAUGAAAUGUCAAGUGUACGUGAAUAUUGGGAGAGCUUAUGCGAAAUUCCAGGAGGAUACGAAAAAGCAUAUGAACUGUGGUCGCAAAUAAAACCUUUAUAUGAACGUUUGCACAGUUUCAUCAAAGAUAGGUUAAAUGUGUAUCAUGGUUUUGAUGUUACAUACAAUAUUACUCCCAGCUAUUUAUUAGGUUCAUUGGAUGGUCUAGAUUGGAGUAUAAACGCCGAUUUUCUGCUUCCUCAUCCUUACAUCUACAGAAGGUUUUUUGACCUGUUUAGUGAGAAGGAUUUAGGAGGAAGGUCGAUGUAUCAAUUAGCACAAAACAUGACAGUGAAUUUGAAUUUGGGUAAAGCAAGUAAAAUAUUCUGGACAGAUUCUUUAUUUGACAAAAGUUGUCCAAGCAAAAUUAUUGAUUUUUGUCAAAGCGGUAACACAAUAGUGAUUACUUGUAAGAAUGCGACAUGGCAAAACUUUUUGGACGCCCAUGAAACAUUCAUGAGCGUGAUGCAAAAAAAAGUUUCUGGAGAUGAAAUGUACCAUUCUUCGUAUCUGCUGAGAUAUGGCAGUCGUUAUUCUGGUACAAUAGAAGCUGUUCCCAUUCUUGGUUCUCUUCUGGCACUAAAUACACACCAUCUGGAUUCUCUAAUCAAGGUUCAUGAUGAACAAGAUAAAUUGGUCAUUCUUUUGCUCCACGCUCUGAGAACGUUGCCUAAAAUUCCGUAUUAUCUUGCUGUGGACACUUGGAGACUUCGGCUCUUAGAUCCAGAUGAAAGUGCUGAAGAUAUUUCAGAAUAUAAUGUCCAGGAAAAAAUUAAUCUUUGGAAAGAGAUCAGACAAGAGUACACUUUGAUCGAGUCGUACGAAGGCGAAAUUUAUAGGGAUCCUUAUGUACUGGAAAAUAAACCAUAUUUAGCGAAAUUUUAUGGAGUGAUAUUGGCCUUUCAAUUGUUUGCUGAAUUGAUUGGAGAGGCUCCUGAAGGCGUUGACGUUGACAAACAUAUCGCACAAGAUACUAAACUUAAUGAAUUAAUGCGAUCUGGCUUAACACAAGAAUGGAGCGACCUUUUGAUGAACUUGUUUUAUAUUUACGACAUUGAAUCAGAAGCUUUAACGAAAUUUUAUGCUCCACUUGAUGACUAUUUAGCUAAUUAUUCUAUGAGCGAACAAGUAACGCCUCCUCCUACUACAACAACAGAAACUCCGACAACAAUUGAAAUAAAAUAUUUGUCAACAAAUGAUGCCAGAAAUAUGACAACAUCACGUCCCAAAAUUGAAAGGAAACUCGAUAUUACUGAAGAAGUAAAAGAUAGUGAAACUAAUUCAAACAGUAAUUUGCCUUGGGUUUUUAUGGCUCUCAUAGGAGUUGUAUUACUUCUUAUAGUAGUUUAUAUUGCAAAAUUGAAACGAAAGCAUAAUAAGAGGAUAAAACGGAAAAAUAAUAUUGCACGUAAAAGUGAGAAACAGGGCAAUACUAGUGUUUAAUAUAUU